AUGUUAAAUCAGCACGAACUCGUCCCGCAACAAUACGAGCUGCGUGCAGCGGACGCUGAGGGUGGUCAAAGUGACACUUUCAUCGCGCUUCACUCAAGUUUGGGCAAUGAGCAGACAUACAAGUGGACGUUUGAGGCAGUGACCUCAAAUAUAUUCCGCACUACUUUCACCACGCCUGAUCAUCCAUUGCCCCCUUUUCCUUCUGCCAGGAAACCAGUACAGGAUUUUGGUGAUCAUGUCCCUGAAGUGACACAUGGUCAAGAUGGGACAUCUCGCAUCAUUCGUUGCGGAAAAAUAAAGGCUACAAUUGAGUGGACCGGAGCACCCACCGUCUCCCUAGGUCUUGACGGUGUAGACACCCCCGUGCAUAGAGAUCUCCCUUUUCGCUCUUAUGCCGUCGAUGGGAAUGGCGUUGCGCACUAUACAGCUUGGAAGAAGGACACUCUCCAUGUUGGGCUUGGAGAGAAGGCGGCUCCCAUGGACCUCAGCGGCCGAGGAUUCCUCAUUACAGCCUCAGACACCUUUGGCUAUGAUGCAUACCGCACGGAUCCGCUAUACAAGCAUAUCCCGUGGCUCAUCAACGCGACGCCAGAGGGCUGCGUCGGCAUCUUUUCGACGUCGCAUGCUCGCGGGAGCUGGUCCAUCGGGUCAGAGAUCGAUGGUCUCUGGGGACACUACAAGGUCUACCGCCAGGCCUACGGCGGCCUCGAAGAGUACCUCAUUGUCGGCAACACGGUCGCCGAGGUCGUGCAGUCGUACGCGCGGCUCGUCGGUUUCCCGCUGUGGGUGCCCCGCUACAUGAUGGGUUACAUUGGCGGCGGCAUGAAGUACACGAUGGAGGACGCCCCUGUCCGGGCCUGUGAUGCCGUCCUCGGCUUCAUCCGCAACUGCGAGGAGCACGAUAUGCCCUGCUCUGCGUUCCAGAUGAGUUCCGGUUACACCGUGGCCGAGACGGAGCCCAAGACUCGCAAUGUCAUGACAUGGAAUUACCACCGUUUCCCGGAUCCACGCGCCUUUACGCGCGAGGCGCACGCGCAUGGUGUGCGUCUGCUUGCCAAUGUAAAGCCAUACGUCUUGGCCAAUCAUCCGGCUUAUCCCGCCUUGGCCGAGGCCGGCGCAUUCUUCAAGGACCCCGGGACUGGUAAAACGGCCGUUGCCAGGCUGUGGAGUGCGGGAGGCGGUGAGAGUGGUGAGGGCAGUCACAUUGACUUUACCUCCAAGGCAGGUUACGAUUGGUGGUACCAGGGCGUUCUCGAUCUCAAGCACGUUGGUAUCGAUUCCAUGUGGAACGAUAACAAUGAGUAUAACAUUGCACGUGAUGACUGGGAGUGUUCGCUCGAGACAAUCGACAUUCCGAAAGGUGAGGCUCGUCGGCACAUUGGACUCUGGGGCCGCGCGGUCAAUACCGAGCUCAUGGGAAAGAGUUCGCAUGAUGCUACGGUUGAAGCAGAGCCGAAAGAGCGCCCCCUGGUCUUGACCCGGUCUGCUACGGCUGGCACCAUGAGAUAUUGUGCCAGCUCCUGGAGUGGUGAUAAUGUUACCAGCUGGGAGGGCAUGAAGGGUGCCAAUGCACUUGCACUGAACGCUGGCUUCUCUCUUCUCCAAUGCUACGGCCAUGAUAUCGGUGGGUUCGAAGGACCACAGCCGACUCCCGAGCAUUUGGUCAGAUGGAUACAAUUGGGAAUCCAUUCCCCACGCUUUGCCAUCAACUGCUACAAAACCAACCCCAACGACAAUCUCGUGGGAGACGUCAUUGAGCCUUGGCAGUACCCUUCCGUGUCCCCCAUCAUCCGGGCCGCAAUCAAGCGUCGAUACCAACUUGUGCCGUACACGUACUCUUUGAUGCUCAAGUCUGCCCUGACCGCCGUUCCGCCCCAGAGAUGGACUGGCUGGGGCUAUGAGUCCGACCCGACGGUGUGGUCCAAGGAGAUCACCAGAGGUGACUCGCAAUACUGGUUUGGCGACGCGCUCUUGAUUGCUGGCGUAUAUGAGCCCGGCGUAUCCUCGGCGAGGGUCUACCUCCCAGGGCGUAGUGAUGAUCCGGGUUUCCUCAACACCUCGGCGCCGUACGAUUUCUUGGCGGCUGGACAGUGGCACGAGAUAUCGUCUACUUGGCAUUCUUCGAUCCCAGUCAUUGCACGCAUCGGGUCGGCUAUCCCCAUUGGCAAGACCGUCCCGACCACUUGCGUCGCGGGCGACGAUGUCGAGUUCCCCAACCUGGCCAAGGACGACUGGCGUGGCGUGGAGAUAUUCCCCCCGCCCAGCCCUCGACAUGCUGAUAUCGGGGCAGAGGCUUCGAGUGGCAUGUCGUCAUCCUCGUCACAAGAACAAUGGUUUACGAAUGAUUGGCUGGAAGACGAUGGUAUUAGUCCUGAAGCCAAGGCAGAUCUCUUUUCAGUUACCAUCUCGUAUGCCGCGGCUGCUCAAGCCAUUCAGGUAAAGAUAACAUACCAGAAGCAAGGCUCAUAUGAGCCUCCUUGGUUGAAGACCGGUCUUCAUGUCGUUCUGCCAGUCGGUGAAGAGCGAGGCGUCGUCACCAGUGAAGGCCAUGUGCAUAGUUCUGACCGGGAUGAAAAGGGUCGGCGUGUCUGGAUUUAUACUGCCACCGACGGAAUAUGA